AUGACCAAUCAACAAUCAUUAACAGCAGUACAUCAUGCUAUUGUUAAAUCAAUCUUUUCUGGCGAUACACUUGUUAUUAAACAAUUAACACGUUCACCUGCGAAUGAAACUGAACAACGAAUUUCUUUAAAUUAUAUAACAGCACCAAAAUUAGCACGUCCACCAAUAGACAAUGGUGCCGUUGGAUCAUCUGUUGACGAACCAUAUGCGUUUGAAACUCGAGAAUUUUUACGUAAGAAAUUAGUUGGUCGAGAAAUAUGUUAUACAGUCGAUUUUCAAAUACCACAAAGUAAUCGUUCGAUGUGCACAGUUUAUCUAGGAAAAGAUAAAGAAACAGGUGAAAAUAUCAUUGAAUCCCUACUAUCGGAAGGUCUUGUUGACUUACGACAACAAACUGGUCAACGUGCAGCCGAUCCUAAAUAUCAACGCUUAGUGAUUAUUGAUGAACAAGCAAAAGCUAACAAACGUGGACGAUAUUCAGAUCACGUAGCUGAUGCUCACGUACGAAAUAUAAAAUGGACAUUAGACAAUCCAAAACAAUUUGUUGACGAACUCAAAUCACAACCACCAAUGGAUGCUAUUGUAGAAUUCGUACGUGAUGGAAACACAGUACGAUGUCUUCUUAUGCCAUCGUAUCAUUUGGUAACUGUACAAUUAACUGGUAUUAAAUGUCCUAUGCUAAAACGUGAAGGUAGUUCAAAUGAAACUAAUGAACCAUUUGCUGAAGAAGCUAAACAAUUUGUUGAUACACGUUUAUUACAACGUCAAGUUAAAGUUAUUUUAGAUGGAGUUAAUAAUCAAAAUUUAGUUGGAACAUUAUUACAUCCCAAUGGUAAUAUUGCAUUACAUUUAUUAAAAGAAGGUUUAGCUAAAUGUGUCGAUUGGAGUUUAACUUUAUUACAACCAGGAUGGAGAGAAAAAUAUCGUGCUACAGAAAAAUAUGCUAAAGAUAGCCGAUUAAGAAUAUGGAAAAAUUAUGUUCCACAAACAGGUUACGGAGAUAAUGAAAAUAAUGCAAGUAAUGAUAUGGGUGCAACUGCUAGCAAUGGAAAAUCGAAUGAUCCAUCGUUAAAAGGCUAUCAGGCUAAAGUAUUGGAAGUUAUGAAUGGUGAUGCUUUAACUAUACGUGAUUUACGUGAUAAUAAAAUUCGAAAAGUCUAUCUUUCAUCAGUACGUGCACCACGUGCUGCUGAUCUUCAGCAAAAAAAUGAUGAAAACAAUCCAAGUGGCACUCGUCAACAAAUCAAACGACCACUUUAUGAAAUUCCAUAUCUAUUUGAAGCACGUGAAUUAUUACGUAAACGUUUAGUUGGCAAAGCUGUACGUGUUGUUACUGAUUAUGUUCAACCGGCAAGUGAUGAUUAUCCGGAAAAAAUUUGUUGUACUGUUUAUGCUGGUAAUGUUAAUCUUGGUGAAGCUUUAAUUUCAAAAGGUUUAGCCAAAGCUGUACGACAUCGACAAGAUGAUGAAAAGCGAUCAUCUCAUUAUGAUGAUCUUCUUACUGCUGAACAACAAGCAGAAAAACGUGGUGUUGGAAUAUUUUCAAAUGGUGGUGGUCUUCAACGUAUUGUUGAUAUGACUGGUGAAUCGAAUAAAGAACGAGCUAAAGGUCUAUUAAGUGUUCUUCAACGUAACGGUCGUAUGGAAGGUGUUGUUGAAUUUGUUGCCAGUGGAUCUCGUUUUCGAGUACAUCUACUAAAGGAUAAUUGGAUUGUUUCGUUUUUGUUAUCAUCAAUCAAUUGUCCACGUGCUGAAAGACGUGUACCUGUCGGUGGAAAUCCUCAACAAACAAAAGUUGAAGCAGGUGAACCUUUCGGCGCCGAAGCUUUGACAUAUUCAAAAGAACAUUUUCUACAACGUGAUGUUUUUGUUGAAGUCGAAAGUAUGGAUCGUGGUGGUAAUUUUAUUGGUCGUUUAACAACUGUUGAUGGGAAUUCAGCGUCAUUUAUGCUUGUUCAAGCCGGUCUUGCUAAAGUUCAUGAAUCAGCAUACGGGGCACCAAAUUAUAAACAAUUAAUAGAAGCUGAAGAAAAAUGUCGUAAAGAACGUAUCGGCGUUUGGACUAAUUAUGAAGAACCAACUGCUAAAGAUGAAGAGGAAAAUGAAACUGAAAAUGUUCCUGAAGUAGAAGAGCCUGUGUUAGGAGCAGGUGUAAUCAACUUUAAUGAUUCACGCUUUCGUCGCGUUGUUGUUACUUAUGUAACACCAGAGUUAAAAGUUUACGUUCAAUAUGCUGAACAAGGAGCUAAAGUUGAACAAUUACAAACUGAUUUACGUGAAAUAUUCAGUCAAACAAAACCGGUCGGAGGACAUUCACCGAAAAAAGGCGAAUUAUUAGCUGCACGUUUUACAGCUGAUAAUGAAUGGUAUCGUGCUCGGGUUGAAAAAAUCGAAGGAAAUAAUCGUAUAUCGGUUUAUUUUAUUGAUUAUGGUAAUCGAGAAUUAAUUACUGAUUUAAGUCGUCUUACACAAUUACCACCAGGUUUUUCACAAUUACCAGGUCAAGCACAUGAAUGCGAUUUAGCUUAUGUUCGAGCCCCACCCGAUGAAGAUGAUCGUCAAUUCGCUAAAAAUGCAUUACUCGAAGAUAUAGACAACCAAGAAUGUAUAAUCAAAGUUGAAUAUCGCCAAAAUAAUUCUGAACAUGUAUCACUCUAUCGUGCUAUUACAAAAGAAAACCUCGUGAAAACUCUAGUUGAUCAAGGUCUUAUUGUUGUUAUUCAAGGUCGUGGUAAUCGUCAAUUACGUUUAACACCUUUAUAUGAUGAAUUGCUUCAAGCACAAGCAAAAGCAAAAUCUUCACGUAUUGGCCUCUGGCAAUAUUCGGACCAAAUUGAAGACGAUGCAACUGAAUUCGGUUUCAGUGGACGUAAAUAA